UAGAAAGUUCAUGAGAGUCGAUCUAGGAACAAAAUGAGGAGGUUGGAGCGAUAAUUUGGGCGAUAAAUUAGUGAAUACUCUAUCAUUCAUACUUUCUAUAUAGAUUUUCAUGGUUUGAAUUUUGAAAAGAUAUAGGCUUUUUUUCUUUUUUUGUUUCUUAAGCUUUUUUUUUUUUUUUUUGGGUAUAUUAAUUUGCAUCUCAGACAUGAAACUUGAAUUUAGAAAAAUCCUAAAUCUUUCAUAUACUUUUCUCUCUCCUCAUCUUCUUCAGUGUUAGUUAGCUCAAUAGUUUGGGUGUUUGUUACACAAAUUCCACAACCAGUGAGAUUUUACAGGUAAAUAUUCAAGUACUUUUUUAGAUUUUGCUCUCAGAUUAUGGUUCCGAAUUCUAGGCUUCUGAUAUCAAACAUUUGACUCUCUCUCUCUCUCUCCAAAUCUUGUGUAUCUGGAUUUUGCUUUUAAAUUUGGUCUUUAAAAGGAUUAGCUUUGGAAAAAAACCACACCAGAGAUAGUUGUUGCAAUGCAAGCAUUUUGAGCCCAUAGAACACUCUUUUAGUCUUUUUAUCUUUAAAUGGAAUAUGAUACAACAAUGGCUCAAGAAGAUCAAAUCAGAAGCUGUAGCAAUGGUGGUAAUGGUGGUGGUAGAUCUUCCAAAAAGCCAAAGCAGAAAAAGGUGCCACAGAGAGGACUUGGUGUGGCACAGCUUGAGAAAAUAAGACUAGAAGAACAGCAAAAGAGAGAUUCAGUUUCAAAUUUAUCAUCUCUGGCAGAUAACAAUUUUCAUCAUUCUCACCAAAUUUCUUCCACAAUCCCUCCUUUACCUUCUGGAUCACCACCUGAAUUUAGGUCCCCUUUAUCAAUACAGCACAUAGAUGCUGUUCCAAGCACUGUUCCAUUGGCCAACAGUGGUGGCUUUGAGGCUGGUUGGCCUCCUGUUUCAAAUGUGCCCAAGUUGUGGAGCCCCAAUGAGUUUGAUUUGGAGAAGGACAAUCUUGGGGUGGAUUCAGGAAUGUCCUUUCUACCAAGUUUGCCUUUUGCAUCAUCCAACCCUAUCUGGCCUCUACCCAAUUGGGGCCAGAGAACACCACAGUAUCAUCAACAACCUUCAUCAUUGGUGAGAUAUGUGAGUGUCUCAUCAGGAACUUCAUCAACACCUGUGCCUCACUUCUCCUUAGAGCCCCCUUCAAACCAAAACUAUAGUGGCAGCAGUGGUGUGCCUAUGAAGCCUGUGGAGAAGGUGGUUGGCAUGAAAAGGCCAUACCCUUUCUCCCUGGAUUUUCCACAUGCGCCCGCUUUCAAUUAUAAUUUGCCUACCUAUGCUGAAAUAAGAACAACUGCAAACACUUCAUGUGGGAGUGGAAGUGGAUUCAACUUUGAUCCUUGCAAUUCAAAUUCCAGAGAGGUCCCUUCCUGUUCAGUUUCCAACUCAGAGCCAAACACUGAGAAAAGGAAUAAAGAUACUGAGAAUUUCAAUGGAGAUUUUCUCACCUUGGCUCCUCCCACUUCAUCUUCAUCUUCAAAGUUCAAGUCUUCUUCAACUUUCCUAGCAUUUAACAACCAAGAAUGUCCUGAAUAUGAAUCUCUAUCUUCUCAGGAACAUAUAGAAGAUCAAAUCCAUACCCCAUCAGGGUACAGGCUAUUCAAUCAACAAAAGCAACCAUUGUACAGCUUCUUCCUUCCAGCAGCUAAGGAGGGACAAAUUGGACAAACCACAGCCAGAAUUCAGAAUUGUCAUGAAGUUGGAGAAAGUAUUGAUCUUAAUUUAAAGCUAUGAAUACAUCACUUUUAGGACAGUUGUUCCUCACUAUGAAACUUGCAUAGUCGUAGUUGAUUUUUAAUUUUACAAGU